GUACACAUAACUAAAUGGAUAAUUUCAAAAACUUGGAUCUUCAAAAAUAUAGAAAUAUAACUGUUGCACCAAGUUUGUUCGAUACCCUUUGACCCUUUACCAUGUUUAUUUGAUGCCAACCUCAUCAACAUUUAACAGAAAACCAAAACAUUCAAUAUAGGCAUAGGUCUCUUAGUUUUUGUCCUCACCUAUACUAUAGAACCGCUGUGUCCUUUAUGACUUUCCUCUACUAUUUGUGGCCAAUCACCAGUUAUCUUAACUGUUACUUUUCUUUCACUCUAUCACAUGUUAAUAUGUGAGUGCUGUUUUUUAUUUUAACUUUUUGGUAACAUCUAAUUAAUUAAUCAUAGGAGUGCAACUUUUUAUUAAAUAAAAAGCAGGAUUUGUAGCUGUCGGUGGAGAUGUUCAGCAUCCUAUGACAAGUAUCCGUUGAGAGAGUACUUUUUCUAGUAAUUUACCAGCCAUUACCAACUUUCUCAUUUCUUUUACUUUCACCUUCAACUCUGUUUUGAAACCAGAAGCUUUACAAAACUUGUUAAAUUCUUCCUCAUGCUACAUUUUGCCAGCAUCUGAAAUCAUGAACCACAAGCCAUGGCAUUGGAGAAAAAAAUCUAUGGAGAAGACAAUCUUUGCAGCUGACAAAGUUGUCACUCCUUCUCAAAUUAUUGAAAAAGAGGAACACAAUCUUUCGACAGAUAAGGAAAGUGGAUCGCAAAGAUCGUCGAGAAGAAGCCUAAAUGAGAAGUUGGCAACAGUACUCCUUGAUUCACCUGUUGAAGCUGACCCUUUAGCAAAGGAACCUUUGCAGUCACAAAGCUGUGUUCAAGAAGAACAAGAGCAAAGUGUAUGUGUUGCAACUCCAAAGAUAUCAGAAGAGCAUGAGAAGAUUCAGAAAGAAUUGGAAGAGAAGCUGAGUGAAGCAAAUAAAAGGAUAGAUGACUUAACUACUGAGAAUACUAGUUUAACCAAUGCCUUACUCUCCAAAGAGGAAUAUAUUGGAGAACUUCUUAGAUGUAAACAAGAAGCAGAUGAAGAGUUUAAAACACUGAUGACAAGAUUAGAUUCCACAGAAAAGGAAAAUGCAUUCCUAAGAUAUGAGUUUCACAUGCUGGAGAAGGAACUCGAGAUGCGAAAGGAGGAGACAGACUAUAGCCGUCGGUAUGCAGAUGAAUCACACAAACAAUAUCUUGAAAGUUCUCAGAAAUCCUCAAAGUUAGAAGCUGAGUGUCAGAGACUCCGUCUCGUGCUUCAGAAAAGAUCUCCUGGUCUUGCUGGCUCAGGGAAUAGGAAGAAUGAAAUCGGAACGAUGAGAAGAGAGAUCGAUAUGAGAAGAAAGAAGUCAAAUCUUACCAAGGAUUUGAUAUGCAAAAAUAAUGAUAUUGGAAAUAGUACUGGAUUAGCCGAUAAGCGUAUCAGCUUGAUGAUCAAACGUUUACAAGAUUUGGAUGAGGAGAACAAGGCUCUGAAAAGAAUUUUAACAGAGAAAAACUAUGAACUAGAUUCUUCAAGGUUUAUGUAUGCUGAAACAGCUUCCAGGUUAUCACAGGCUGAGAUUCUGCUUAGAAAGUUUUCCGAAAAUCACAAGUCCAUGGAGCUAGCAAGGUGUUAUUCCACAUCAAAUGAACUUCCUUUAAUGUCAACUUUUGACAUUUCUAGUGAUGAUGAGGCUAUCUCUUCUGGAUCCUGGGCGAACGCUCUCAUUUCGGAACUAGAACAUUUAAGAGUUACUGAGGCUAAAACUCAUGGAAACAAUAAAGCAUUAGAAGUUCAAGACAUGUAUUCCACGGACGACUUUGUUGACAUGGAAAAGAAGGCUAUAGUUUCUGUUGAUACACCUAAAGGAGGAUACUUAUCUGAUGUAAGUGGAAGGGAGCUUGUGCCAGUUGAACAAGAUUUUGGCUUUCAUGAGAGGAAUCAUACAAAUCAAAAACAAUUUGACUGGCUUCAGAUUGUUUUGAAUGCUAUGUUGGAGGAGAAACGCGUAUCAAAGCGUAGUCUCGAUGAUUUAUUCAACGACAUAAAAAUUGCAUUUGGAUGUAUAAAUCACUCAACUGCUUGCAAAUAUGAUUAUAUAACUCAGAAGCCAACGCAUCCUGCAGAGUCUGAUUCUUUUUAUGUUAACAGUUUCAGUGGUUUUACUGAAUCAGUCCACAGAAUUAUCAAGCUCAUUGAAGGAAUUGCUCCCAAGUCAUUCAUCUGCAACAAUGGUCCAGAUUGCUUGGAAGAGAAUCGGCAUUCAGACUUAUCUCAAUCACCUAAAUCCAAAGACUUCUUUAUUCAUGUUUUACAAUGGAAGGUUUCAGACUUGAAUCCUCUUUUGCAUCAACUUGUUCAUACCUGCAAAAAUUUACUGACAGGAAGAGCUGAUUUUGAAAAUUUUGUCGAGGAAGUCGCAGUUGCUUUAGAUUGGAGCAUUAAUAACUGUGCUAACUCCACCAAUGCUUCAAUUGCAAGAGAUAAGAUCAAGAAACAUUUUAACUGUUUUUUGUCAGCAAAUGAAAAUGAAAAUCAAAUAGAUGUCGACGAUGAACAAUUUUCUCACAAAGAGUCUACGGUCUUCAACACAAAAAGUAAUCAGCAUGAUCUCCUUGAAGAAAUUAGAAAACUAAAAGAUGAUCUGAGGAAUACAGAAUCUGCUAAGAAAGACUUGGAAGUAAAGCUGAUGUCAGUAACCCAUGAGAGUGAGAAUUUGACAAAACAAUGUCAUGAAGCACAAAAUAGCAUAAAAGGUUUAGAAUUAGAAAUAGAGACAUUGAAAGAAUCCAAAGCCAUGGUUAAAGACCAAAUUGAAAAACAAAAGAUGAUAAAUGAAGAUCUUGACACACAACUUACAAUAGGCCAGGCAAAGUUAAAUGACAUCUUUCAAAAGUUUUCUUCCUUAGAAUUUGAAUUAGAGGAUAAAAAGAACUCCUGUGAGGAAUUAGAAGCAACAUGUCUCGAGCUUCAACUUCAGCUGGAAAGCAUUACAAAGAAGGAAUCUCCAAUCUAUGGCAGAUACGAAGCGGAAAAGAUACAUCAAACAGGCUGGGAGAUCACAACAGCUUCAUCAAAGUUAGCAGAGUGCCAAGAAACAAUUGUCAAUCUUGGGAAACAACUCAAGGCACUUGCUUCAUCUAGUGAAACAGCACUUCUUGAUAAGGUUGUCUCCACAAAUAGUUAUAUGGUUAAUCCAUCUCAGAAGAAGAACUUGAUCAAAAAACGAUCCUCGCUGCGCACCCAUAUGCUAGCUGAGGAUGAUGCUAAAGAAGAGAUACAUACGUCUGUCCAAAACGAAGAAAGCAAAAGUAUUGAAGAUGCACAGAGACCGUCCCUUCUUCAACCAGAAACAGAAACUGCUCUGCAAACUCCUCUCGUCAUGGAUAAUGCACCAGAAAUACCUAUGACCUCAGAGAAAAAUGAUAGAAGCAAGGCCACAGGAUAUCUGUCAAUUGUGCCGAGAAAAAAACACAGCGGCUUUGAAUUUCUGAGGCGGCUGUUGUCAAGACAAAAGAAGAGUAAAGGAACUAAGCUAUUAGGGAUAGCAUGAUUAAGAAUGGACAUAAAACCUCCCCUCAAGAGUGGUAUUCGAAAGGAAGUUUAUUUGGUGUUUUUAGCUUGCAAUGGCUUCUUUGAUUAUUGAGGUUUGGAUCGGAGGCCAACGUGUGAGAUUUUCUCUUGUAGAUACUGCUGGUGUACUUGUAUAUAUACAUUGCUUUUGUGGUGGUAUUUCAGAUUAAACGCGCUGAUAUAUAUAUACAUAUAUAUGGAACGUGCUUGUGUUUGCAAA